AUGGGCACCAUGGGUGAGGGCCCGGAAGGUGAGAUUGACAGCAGUGCUUCGCCGAUCACCGAUGCAGCUGUGCAGUCCAUUAUCGAGCAGAUAGGUCUCCUGACCCCCGAGCAGAAAGAGAGGGUGAAGAAGGCAAUUGUGUUUGGCAGCUCAUCGAACAUUCUCAAGGAUGUCGAUCGCUCGCUCUUCUUCAUGAAUCGUCCCAGCUCCCCGCCCCGUGGCCGCUCGAGCCGUGCUGCCUCGCCAAAGGAGAGGACAGCCUCGCCAAGGCUGAGUGGCGGGCACAGCGGCUAUCCCGCAAGUCCUGACUGCAGCCCUAGAGAAGGAUCUCGCGUCUUGAAGCGAACCAUCAGUGGCACGGGCCAUCCCAUCGACGACCUCCUGCAAGAACGAGGUCAUGUUGAGCGCUACUUGGUGGUCGUCUCGUCGUUGUCGCUGGAUUGGAAGGAGCUCGUAAAGAUCCCUGGCGUUAGCAACUAUGAGCUCCGAUUGCUGUGGCAUCUGUACUUCCUUCGGUCAACCAACAUGCACAUAGUCAUGUGCACUUCGCAGUACAUCCCUGAAGCGCUGAUCAACUACUACUUGCGCUACCUGCCAAGUGACGUGUCGCUGACCGAAGCUCGGGCUCGGUUGACGACGAUUGCCUGCAACGACAUGAGUGCCGCCAGUGUUACCAACAAGCUGCUCGUCCGUAGUCGCGCUUUAGAACGCAUUCGCAAAGCCAUCGAGCCAGAGAAAGCGGCCAUGACCUGCUUCAACUCCACAGACUCGGAAGUGCAGUUGGCGGAAGAGCUGGGAAUCCCCCUAUUUGGCACGGACACACAGGGAGCCUUCUGGGGGACGAAGACGGGCAAUCGGCAGGUUUUCCGGGAUGCAGGUGUGCUACAUCCCGAUGGCAGCUACGACCUCAUCUACACCAAAGAGGAGCUAUGCGAGGAGAUCUUCUUGUUGCUGAAGCGCUGCUCUUCAGCUCGGAAGGUGAUGGUGAAGUUGAAUGAUUCCUUCAGUGGUGAAGGCAAUGCUGUCCUUCGUGUCGAUCCCGAACUCGUCAGCUGCUUGAAGGAGUCGGACGACAAAGCGCACGAUGCGAUUAACGAGAGGCUGGAGAACUCGCUAGAGUACGUGGCGCCAGGAUUGAACUGGGAGAAAUACUACAUGCAGUUCCAAACCCUGGGCGGCAUCUGUGAGCUCUUCAUCGAAGGUGCAGGGGACGCCAAGACAUCGCCUUCGUGCCAGGCCUUCUUGAAUGCAGAUGGCACUGUGAGGAUUCUAGCGACCCAUGAGCAGAUGUUGAACGGGCAGAUCUACACAGGAUGCACGUUCCCUGCCAAGCAAGAGUAUUCUGCUGACCUCGUUGGGUUGACACAGAAGAUCGGCAAGGAGCUUGUUACUCGACAAGUUGUCGGCUACAUCGCUGUGGACUUUGUGUCCGUACGACAGCGCGAUGGAAGCUACAAGCACUGGGCGAUUGAGGUGAAUGUUCGCAUGGGUGGCACUACACUCCCAAUCAUGACAUUGAACUUCUUGUGUCGUGAGGGCAGGCUGAAUGAGCAGACCUCAGAGUUCAUCGCGACUGAUGGCAAGCCGAGGUUCUACGUGGCCUCAGACACACUGAGAAAGAAGAGCUACAAGGGCUUGGUGAUUGAGGACUUGCUUCACAUCAUCGAGCGACACUCCACAGAGAUUGAGUGGAACAAAAGACCAGGUGCUCCGGAGACAGGCGCGAUCUUCCAUUUGGUCACUCUUCUCUCCGAGCUUGGCAAGUGUGGCUGCGUGUGCGUCGGCCGGUCGAGAGAGGAAGCCCACGAGAUCUUUCGGCGUGUUCAGGAGAUCCUCGACAUGGAGACGCGGGAAGUAGUGCAGGCAGAACCCGCAGAGGGUGCAGAUGGUGAACUGAGUUUGGUCAUCGAAGAGCUCGAAGAGGAGGAGGAUGCUGCUGAUAUGCUGAACUGA